CUCCUGCUUAAAAGCUGGUGGAAAUUUCCACUGACUGAAGUGACUCAGGAAGUGUAGCGGGUGUUUGUAUAAAGUAAAUUGUCUGAUACAGACCUGAAGCGUAACUAACAAAACUUUUGGACCUCUGUUUAGUGACUGAAGCUCAACUCAUCCACAUCAAUUACUUUCUGCAUCUCUUCAUUGUCACAUAUUUCAAAGUUAUCAUGGCUCAGCAGCAGAUCAGUCUCCCAGCAAAACUCAUUAAUGGUGGUGUUGCUGGAAUUGUUGGGGUUACUUGUGUCUUCCCCAUUGACCUGGCAAAGACCAGGUUACAGAACCAGAGACGAGGCCAGCAGGUCUAUAAGAACAUGAUUGACUGCCUUUUCAAGACAGUUCGAUCAGAGGGCUUCUUUGGAAUGUACAGAGGUGCUGCUGUAAAUUUGACUUUAGUUACCCCAGAGAAAGCAAUCAAGCUCGCUGCUAAUGACUUGUUUCGCCAUCACCUUGCCAAAGAUGGAAAGGGGCUUACAGUGUUCAGAGAAAUGCUGGCAGGUUGUGGUGCUGGUAUGUGCCAGGUCAUUGUCACCACACCCAUGGAAAUGCUCAAGAUACAGCUGCAGGAUGCCGGCAGACUUGCAGCCCAGCAGCAAAAACCUGUUGCGGCAACUCCCACAAAGCUUGUGUGCACAAACGCCAUGCUCAGCCGCUCCUACAACUCCGGCGCAGUGGUCCCUGGACCCCGAGCUGUGUCAGCCAUGCAGAUUGCAAAGGAACUCCUCCAAACACGGGGCAUUCCAGGACUCUACAAGGGUCUGGGAGCAACACUGAUCAGGGAUGUUCCCUUUUCUGUUGUGUACUUCCCUCUGUUUGCCAAUCUGAAUAGUUUGGGCAAACCCAGUCUCAAGGAGUCGUCGCCCUUCUAUUGGGCAUUCAUGUCGGGCUGUGCGGCUGGUUCGACUGCUGCGGUGGUCGUCAACCCCUGUGAUGUGGUGAAGACCAGGCUGCAGUCACUGAACAAAGGAGCUACAGAGGAGACUUACAGCGGCGUGUUGGAUUGUGUAAGUAAAAUCAUGAGGAAGGAGGGACCUGCUGCCUUCCUGAAAGGUGCAGGCUGUCGAGCUUUGGUCAUCGCCCCUCUGUUCGGGAUUGCACAGGUUAUGUACUUUGUUGGGGUUGGAGAAUACAUCCUGGACAACUCGCCCAUCAGCCUCCUGUCAAUGUGAGGCCGCUGUUCAAGGACCUCCUCCGUUCAAAAAUGUGAACUCUUAGCAAACAACCAGCAGUUACAGUUUACUGAAAAAGCUUUACAUGAAUCUUGUUUGGUUUGUUGGAAUUGCUCCAAGGUUUCAAAACAUGAAGUCACUCAGAUUUCAAAGCUGUAUGCUCAGACAGCUGGGUCGCACUUAAACAAUUUGACAAAUUAAGCAGGCUGUGCUCAGUGUUGGUAUUUGAAGCCUUACUGGGUUAAGACUGGGCUUUACAGUGAGACCAGUACAGUUCUUGCAGAUGGAAAACACUCCAAAGAAUCUGACUUUCUAUGACAACUUUCAAAUUCCUUAGAAUUGGUUUAUGCUGAACGCAGUAGCUUCUGUUUAGCAAUAGUAUCAUCUGUUUCCAGUGUGUAUUUAAAAAAAUAAUUUUUUUUCAACUGUUAAAUGCAUAGACCAUAUGACACACCUUCCAGUAUCGGCCCACAGUGUCCUGAUGUUGACUUGAUAAUCACCCUGCAGCUGAUAACUUUGUGACCAGCAGUUCUUGUCUUGCCUGCAAACACUUGACAUGCAGAAAUGCAUAUUAAUUGUUGUGAACAAAUGCACACAAUCACAGUAAAUGCAGUGUAUGCAUACCCUUCUUUGUCAGAAAACUACCUAGUUUGUGCCUCACAGAGGAGACUGUCAAUCUGAAAAAGGGUCACAAUAGUACUGUUGCUGUGAUGACCAAGUGACUGUGAAUUAUCUCUGUAAAUAGUUUUUUGUACAUAUAUCUAUUAAAAAUUGUACUGUUCAUGUGAAGUAAAAUGUGUAGUUUGUUGUAUUUUAAUGUUACUUGUCAAUAAAUACUUUAACAGAUGUGAA